AUGGCAAUGGUGGAGGCCGACCCCGAAGUCGAGCUCACCGUGGACCUCGACGCCCGGAAGAUCCACCUGCCCGAUGGCACGGACAUGGACAUCGACAUCAGUGAGGGCCACCGCAACGCCCUGACCCACGGGCUCGUGGGACUCCACACGCUGCUGCUCAACACAUGGGACGAAGUGGCCGAGACCGCCGAGAGACUGCCCUACACCAAGAACUUCUGA